AUGCCCGCCAAGUUCCUUGCCAAGAACCCUCCUCCGCUCUGGCUCACUCUCUACCACCUAGUCACCCGCCUCCCUGACUCUCUGCGUGCAGUCAGGGAUUCCUUCCUAGCUCGCUGCCCUACUGAGCUCACCAUUGCCCUCCUCGAGAAGGAACUGCUUGCAGCUGAGGCUAGCAUAGUCGCUGUAGGUGCCUCUCGUGGCGACCCCCGCACCCCGUUCUUUGAGGGGUGUUCUCCUUCCCCCCUUCUUCCCUCUGUCGCCUCUGCUGCUGCUGUCGACCUCCUUGGUGCUGAGAAGGUCGGGACUGCGUCUACUUCGAGCGGACGCCGCAGCGGCAAGGGCAAAGGGGGCAAGGGAGGCGGAGGUGACGGUGGGGGAGGAGGUGGUGGGGGCGGUGGCGGCGGUGGGGGUGGUGGCGGGGCUGGAGGGGCGAGUGGCGGCGGUGGAGGUGGUGGCGGCAGCGGCGGGGGAGGUGGCAGGGGAGGGGGCGGUGGUGGGGGUGGCGGUGGACGCGGCGGCGGCAGGGGUUGGGGUGGUCGAGGAGGUGGGGGCGGAGGUGGUGGUCGUGGAGGCGCUGGCGGUCCGAGCCAGCAGCCGACUCCGUCGCCCCAGGAGGUCCGUGAGUGGUACGCUCAGCACGGGGGGGGGGGGGGGGGCGGGUGGCUUUAG